GUCGGGCUGAUCGGCUCCCCCUCCCUCAGUCUCUGAGUUUGCAUGCUGAUAUUAUAACACGAUGGCAGCCCGAAUACAGUUAUUUUGCGUUCGACUCGGUAGGAUGACACCUAAUGACCAGAUACACGGAGGAAGGCGUGUGUUAUGGUUUUAAUCACAUUUAAAAAUGGCUGACAGGUCAGUAGCUGACAAGCUUUGCAGUGCCUCGGCCAGGGGAAACCUACCUGAAGUGUUGUUUUUGCUGCAAAAUGGAGCAGAUGUUAAUGGAUUUAAUACAUUCAACAGAACUGCACUGCAGGUGGUGAAGUUGGGGAACACCGCCGUGGUUGAGGCUCUUCUCUUGGUAGGGGCAGACAUCAACGUACGCGACCCGGCCUGUGGCCUGACCGUGACCCACGACGCAGCACGUGAGGGAUUCAUUGAUUCUGUGCGCGUGCUGGUGGAACGCGGGGCAGAUACGAACAUCGUGGAUAAGCAGGGUAACCUGCCUCUUCACCUGGCAGCCAGGGAGGGCCAUCUGGAGGUGGUCCAGCUGCUGAUCGGACGCACCGCGAACCCCCAAACGCCCAACGGUCUGGGUUACACAGCCAGGCAGCUCGCGUUCCUCAACGGGAGGAUGGACACUGUCAAAUACAUCGACGAGUAUUUGAGCUCACAGUAGAGGAGGAAGAGGAUGAAGACGAAGGCUUCUUUUGCUUCUGCCAGUCUACUCAUGUCUUUUUGCAGAUAGGCUACUUUAACCCUUCGUUUGUUAUAGGCAUUUCUGUUAUGUACAUGUACAUGCUGUUUGGUUACCCAAAGAAGAGACCAAGCACAUGUUAAUAAAUGCCAAAAUAAAAAAGACAAUAACACUGA